AUGUCAGGUUCGAACGAUCUUGGUCAAUGGUAUAAGAGUAUACCUCCAAUAACUCGUGUUUGGUUUACAGCUUCUAUUGUUGUUCCUCUAGCUGUCGCAUUACACAUAGUUGACGCAGGUCAACUUUUGCUGUAUAUUUAUCCAAUUAUAAAACAUUUCGAAAUAUGGCGAUUACUCACAGCUGUACUUGUCCAUGGAUUAGGUUUGAAAUAUCUUGUGAAGCUAUAUUUCCUUUACGAGUAUAGUUCACGUCUGGAAACAAGUACAUUUAAUGAUAGGCCAGCUGAUUACGUAUUUUGUUUAACAUUUCUUUGGCUAUGUAAUAUCAUUGUUGGUUUGAUUCUUCCCAUGCCUGGAUUGAUGGUUAGUAUGGUUAUGUGUGUUGUUUAUAUUUGGUGUCAAUUAAAUAAAGAAGUAAUAAUGUCAUUUUUCUUCGGUACGCAAUUUAAAGCAAUGUAUAUGCCAUGGGUUAUUUUGUUAUUCAAUUGGAUUGUUAAUGGAUCAUUUCAAGAAGAUUUUUGUGGUAUUGUUAUUGGUCAUCUUUAUUAUUUUCUUGUUUUCAAAUAUCCACGAGAUUUUGAUGGCGUACGAUUAUUACAAACACCAAAGUUUCUGUAUCGUUAUUUCCCAAAUAAACGACGAAGUACAAGUGGUUUUGGUACGGCACCAAUAAAUCGCCAAGAAUCGGAAGACACUGAGAGUACUACCGUUCGUAAUCGACAAGUAUUCGGCGGUCGUGGUCACGUUCUUGGUACUCGUUAA